AUGCCGUCCUCUUCCAAGAUGAUGAAGGUUCUCCUCGUCGCGGGAUGUGCCGCUUGCUCAGGUGUGCUCGGGGCGUCGAAUCAGAAGUUUUUGAGUCCCCAGGAGCAGCGCAGGAGGCAAAUGGAGGAAAUGACUUGGCAAAAGCAGCGGGACUAUCACAUGCAAAUAUGCCACCUGGAGGGUCUGGAAGGUGGGUGCAAGAUCUGUCAUGCAAAUUCCGCAUGUUGGCACGGGCAGAAGUAUGAAAUACCAGCGUUGCCCUAGCAGCACACGUUUUGAGGAGGCUCCGCAAUGCCUAUGCCAUGUGACAAGUGCCAUCUCCGGGCGCUCAAUAGAAGUGAGCGGCUUUUGCCGCUUAGUGGUGUGCACAAUGUUUUUGCGUUGCCGCUGCCCAGAUCUAGUAUGACAAAGUCGGUCUCUACUUCCAGAUGACCCAGGAGAGACGUUUGCAAUGCAUAUACGGGCGCAGAGAUUGCAACAAGAGCGAGAAGAGCAGAAGCGAUUGGCCGAUGAAGCAGCGACUGCGAGCCUGGCUAAAGACUCCGCCUCGAAUAGGAAGUUUUUGAGUCCCCAGGAUCGUGCUGAAAAUCGAAUUGCAGCCCAAGGCCUACUGAAAGACGCUUAUACGCGAACUGCAGCCGCUGAAGCAGCUGCUUCCGAGAAAGUCAAGGAGUAUCAAGUGCAAAUAUGCCACCUGGAGGGUCUGGAAGGUGGGUGCAAGAUCUGUCAUGCAAAUUCCGCAUGGCACGGGCAGAAGUAUGGAGUACCACCAGCGUAGCCGUAGCAGCACACGUUUUGUUGAGAAGGCUCCGCAAUGCUUAUGCUAUGUGAGAAGUGCCAUCUCCGGGCGCCGAAUACAGUGAGCGCGGACUGUUGCUGCUUGUGCAAGAGUAGUUCCGCAAUAUUUUUGCGUUGCCCCCCAGAUCUAGCAUGACAAAGUCGGUAUCUUCCAGAUGACCCAGAAACGUUUGCAAUGCAUAUUGAACGACCGCUAGAAAAUUAUGAAGAGCCUCCUCCCAAGCAAAGUAUGAAGGCAUUCCAUCAGCACCUGAGGGACCUCGAGUCGCAAGAGGAUCCUCGCUUCGGCAAAGAACAUCGCCAGCGGGCUGAGGAAGCCAGGAACCGGCCUGAUGUUGUUCCGACGAACAGAGACGUUAAUCGUUGGGAAGUGAGCAGCCCCCGCCGGGUAGUCAAGUUGAAUAUGCCUAUGCCUGCCCCCAUCCAAAAUGAUAAGUAGAGAAGGUGGGGGAUGAGAAGUAGAGAAGUUGGGGGAAAUAAAAUCGACGAUCCCGCCGCACUUAUCAAGAAUUUUCGUUGCAAAGCCAAAGUGUAUAUUUAUACAUUGCCGCGAAAAAAGGCACUUUGCUUCUUUAUUUCCAGAUGAUGAAAAUAAAAAAUACCUAAGGUCGUGAAAAAGUGCUACUUGGAUAGAAAGUCCCUAAUUCCAAACAACAUCGUCCACCACGACGAUCUAGAGCAGCCCUCGUGUUUAUGUGUUUUUUCCACUCCCCCUGUGCUCUUCCUGAAAAGGUUGAAAAAAUGCUCUUUGGAUGGGUGGCCCACGAGGACGAAAGCGCAUUCCGCCCCAUCAGAAAUAUUAAAAGACAUGUUCCAUCGAACAAAUUGAAGGCCUUGCUCCUUGACAAAGGAGAAGGUAAUGAGUGAAACUCGUACUUAGUAAAGAAGAACUUCAGACGCUAACCCAAAAAGUAGGAAGUACUCGUCAAUUAACACUCUAUAUUUACAUAGUAUGUUGGUUCUUGGUCUAGAGCGACCGCCCAUAAACUUCUACAAUUCCUAACACGAAGAUGAAGAAGAUUCCUGCCCGAAAGCCAAAAUAACCACGAGGAAUCAACAAACAAGCAGUGAUCUUGAUUUAUCGAAGAAAUAAGCUCGCCUAAGUUCGUCGCGGACAUGUUGCUGCACUCCGCGCAUGUUGAAUGAUGCACAUACAAAUUCUACUUCGAACAUGAUUCAGGAUGAAGAUUUCCGCACGGACCGCGUUCAGACGAGGAAUGAGGCCGCGCGGGGGAUCUGCAUCGAAAAACCGUUGUAUUUAUGCUAUAAUAUUCAUCAAACUGAAUCGCAGCACGACGACGCUAGUGGCGAAGAAAACAAGCAACCGACUUCUAGUGAG